GACAUACUAUAUUCUCCUCUUCUUCCUCUCCUUGCAGUUGCUGGCGUCUUCAGGAAGCAGAAGGUGAGCGUUACGCCCCCCGCUGGUACCACCAUGUACGGGCUGCUGUGUGAGAGCCUCCACGACUUCAUCAAGGAGUCGUACGGGGACGAUGUGUGGAAGCUGGUGCGUGAGCGUGCCGACGUGAGGCUGCACUCCUUCGUCACACACCAGGUGUACAGUGAAAGUGUCAUUCCUCGUAUCGCCAAAGCGGCCAGCGGAGUGACAGGGACUCCUUACAAUGAGCUGAUGAACUCCUGGGGUGUCUAUUUCCUGGGCUUUGUAGGAAAGUACGGCUACGACCGGAUACUGAAGGUCCUGGGUCGACACGUCCGCGACUUCGUAAAUGGACUGGACAACCUGCAUGAGUACCUGCGCUUCAGCUACCCCAAAGUGCAGCCCCCUACCUUCUUCUGCCAAGAGGAGUCAGCCACGGGGGUCACCCUACAUUACAGGAGCAAGAGGAAGGGCUACCUACACUAUGCCAUGGGCCAGCUGCGGCAGAUGGGCAAUCAGUUCUACGACACUGACAUCCACGUGGAGGUCCUGUCCGAGCAGCUGGUGGGGGACUAUUCUCACGUUACCAUGCGGCUGAACUUCGACAACUCGGCCUACCGCUACAUCCAGAAGGAGGAUGAGGAGGAGCAGGAAAUCCUCCCCAUUACCAGCGACUUCUUCUUCGAGGUCUUCCCUUUCAAUAUUGUCUUCCGACAGGACAUGGUGGUGCACAACGUUGGCUCUGGCCUUGCCACUGUCUUUCCUGACCUGGAUGGGAAAAAAAUAAAUGACGCCUUUUUGCUUGCUCGGCCCCUGGUGGAGUUUACCUGGAACAUGAUCAUUUCCCACCCCAACAACCUGUUUGAGAUCAUGUCCAAAGAGCCGGUCAAGAGAGAGCGGAACCUCCACAACCGAGCGCAGAACUCCGACUACGAGAACGCCAAUCGUUCGGCAGAUGUGGACGUGGAACUCAUGGCCUUUCAGUCUAUAAUCGGAGAUGAUUACAAAGACGGCAACAGCGCCAACGCCAUGGAAAGCUGGGGGGACGGGAGCCGGUGCCUGAAGCUGAAGGGGCAGAUGAGAUACAUGCCAGAGUGGGAGUCCAUCAUCUUCCUGGGAACACCAGUGAUGGAGAGUCUGAGUGCCAUGUUCAAGACAGGCUUGUACAUCAACGACCUGAGCAUGCACGACUCCAGCAGGGACUUGGUUCUCGCUGGGACUCAGCAGUCUGAGGAGCUGAAGAGAGCCCUGAUCCAGGAGCAGAAGAAAUCCAGCAAGCUGGAGGAGAGCAUGAAGAUGCUGGACUAUGAGAUGAAAAAGACAGAUGACCUUCUCUACAGGAUGAUCCCCAAGCCAGUGGCAAAGAGGUUGCGCAAGGGGGAGCCGGCUGUGAACACCUGUGAGGUGUUUCCAGAUGUGACAAUCCUCUUCAGUGACGUGGUGGGCUUCACCCGUAUCUGCAGCCACAUAACACCGAUGCAAGUGGUCUCAAUGCUGAACACCAUGUACACGCUCUUUGAUACGCUCAGCGAGAAGCAUCGUGUUUUCAAGGUAGAGACCAUUGGUGAUGCCUACAUGGUGGUGGCUGGAGCACCAGAAAAGACCAAGUACCAUGCCCACAACAUCUGUGACAUGGCCCUGGACAUGGUGCGGUCCAUAGACCACUUGAAAGAUCCAUCCAAUGGAAACAGCAUCCAGAUUCGAGUGGGUAUCCACUCUGGGAUGGUGGUAGCUGGGGUGGUGGGACAUAAGAUGCCACGGUACGGUCUCCAUGGAGACACGGUUCACACUGCAUCUGCAAUGGAGAGCAACGGGAAGGAGAUGCAUAUACAGUUGAGCAGUGCUACCUAUGAACACCUCAAGGGAAGUCAUUUCAUCUUUGAAAGGAGGGGCACUAUCACAAUCAAGGGGAAUGUAGAGAUUGAGACAUACUGGUUGAAGGGAAAGAGAGACAAAGAUGGUAAUGCCCAGGCUGCCUGCCCUCAGUUUGAAGCACAGACCAUCAGCAAAGCUACCAUCUCUGCUUCAGAACCCCCUAUUGAUGAGGAUGUCUUGGUAUGA